AGGAUAAAAGACGCGCUACAAAUUUCUUACAAACGAAAAUAGUAGGAAUAACACCCGGUGCGGUAAAGUAUCGUUCACUUGAUUAGUUACAUACCCUUUCCCCCAUAAGCGUGAUGUUAAAACCGGCGUUUUCUAAAAUCUAAAAAAGAAAAUACUUUGCUUAAAUCGACAAUUGUUAGUGAAAACAAGAAUGGCGAAUGCGGAUGGAUUUGUUUCACUAUCAAUGCUACUCGUUAUCAUUUAUUAUCUAAAACAACAGUACAGUCUACGGGAAGCAGCGCAGAAUACUCCCAUUAUUGAAAUUAAUAAAGGACUUCGUUUCGAACAGAAUUUAUCACUCAACGAUUAUCGCUUUAUUAUUCCUGAAAAUGAUCAAUAUGUCAAAACGAUUGAAGCAACAAAUAUGACGACCAAGACAACGUUUAACAUCACGAAAUUCAAAACCAUCUUGAUGUGGAGUAACUGGGAUUCAAGCUUGGCAGAUCAAAUUUUAGUAAAUUCCCAAUGUCCGAUAACAUCGUGUCUUUUUACGUCUGACGUUACGCUGUUAAAUCAAAGCGACAUCAUCGUUAUUUAUAUCGAUACAUCAACAAAUUUCCCUAUAAACCGCCAUCCGCACCAGCGUUUCGUUUUUUUCAACCUUGAGUCACCAUCUUAUUCAAGUAUAGCCAAGAUAAGUGAUCACCGUGUACGGUAUGGAUAUUUUAAUUGGACGAUGACCUACCGUUGGGACUCAGAUAUAAUUCAUCGUGCUGACUAUGGAUUUGUUAUAAAAAAGUCAUUGGAAGUGGCACAAAAGGCAAAACAUGCUCGUGCAAUUAAAAUGCUAAUCAAAGGAAAAAGAAAGAUGGUGGCUUGGUUCGUAUCCAACUGCAUUACAACAAUCCGCCGCGAGGAGUACGUUCAGCAGCUGAGUCAGUAUGUAGAGGUAGAUAUUUUCGGAUCCUGUACUAUGCGGAAUUGUUCGUCUUCGUGUUACGAGAUGUUACGCCAUGACUACAAAUUUUAUCUGGCAUUUGAGAACUCGUGGUGCACGGACUACGUAACGGAAAAGUUUUACAGAAGUCUGAAGUACGAUACCGUUCCAAUUGCCAUGGGUGGUGCUGAAUACAACCGGUACGCACCUCCUAAUUCUUUCAUCAACGCCAUGGAUUUCGCGACUCCCCAAAAGCUUGCUGAAUACCUUUCACUUCUGAAUGGAAGCGAUACCUUAUAUGCUAAAUAUUUUAACUGGAAAAACAAUUAUGAAAUUGCAAUUCCAUACAACAGUGGCUUGUGCGACCUCUGUCGCAUGACCCAUGAUGAGGGGUUACCUCCAAAAGUUUAUUGGGAUAUAAAGAGCUGGUGGUUUGACAAAGCUAAUUGUCAAAACGAUCCAGCUUAUUUACGUUGAUGCAAUGAAAAACACUUUAUGAUCAAUGUUAAGAAGGGUAGGGGGGGGUGGGGCUAG